AUGAAUAAAGAUACAUUAACACCACCACCACCAGCACCACCACCAGCACCACCAUCUGGAGUCAACUCUUUUACUUUUACUCAUUCCAAACGUAAAAACGAGGAUUUCGACGGGGAUUACAAAAAAAUCAAAAGUCUAACAACAGAAGACUUGAUGAAUUCCAAUCCAGAAUGGCCACAGUUUAUACAUCCAGAUGGUGGUUUAGUUAAAAUAACUCCUUGGGGCUCUAUAAGGCAGUUUGUUGAUCCUAUUACCAAUGAAACAAUGACAAAAUUCGAAGAUUGCGGUUUUGACGAUUAUUCAUUUAGGUCGCAAAGUGUUGAAAAAAUUUACUCUACUCCAAAUACUCCACAGUCCUUGUACCAACAGCAACCACCGCCGCAACAACUAAACCAGCAGUCACAACAAAAGGGUAAUAAUAGUGUGUCAUAUGUGUCACGCAAAAGUAGCUUCAACAACAGCAAUAGCGGUAACAUUACGCGUAUGAACCUAAGUCCAAGUGCUGAAGUAGAAGGAUAUGUAGUAGACGGAUAUUCCUCGCUGCCAUUGAAGCAGAAACUGCCACAGCAAGAACAGUUUUGUCAAGAACAUGAGAACUACUUUGGAAUGACCGAACUUGAUUGUGGGUAUUCUAAUGAUGAAGAGGACGAAGUGAUGCUGUGA